AUGCAACAGAUGGAGGUUCCAGUGAGAACAAUUUGUAUGGGGCAAGCUGCAUCAUUUAGCUCACUGCUCCUCGCCGCGGGCUCUCCCGGCAUAUGCUACGCCUUCCCGAACGCCCGAAUUAUGAUCCAGCAGAACUUCGGCGAAGCCUUCAGACAGGCUAUAGAUAUGUUCAUCCAAAAAAAUAAAUUGGAUAAUGUUCGUGCCAACCUCUACGCUGCGUAUGUCAAAGAGACUGGCCGGGAGCGCACCAAGUAUCUGUCUCCUCAGGAAGCAAAAGAUUUUGGCUUAAUUGAUGUCGUCCUGAAGCCCUCUGCCGAUUAA